AUGAUUCGAUCCCUUCUUCUUCUUGUAGCUUACUUGGCUACAUCUGCAAUGGCAUUUUCCAAGGCAUCCUUUUACGAUCUCUCGGCUACCAGAUCGGAUGGUUCCAUCCAAUCCAUGGAAGACUGCAAGGGCAAGGUUGUCUAUGCCACAAAUGUUGCCAGUCGUUUGACCCGCCGCGAGUAUGAUCAAAUGAAGCAACUCGGGGAACGGUGGGGAGAUGACCUAAUGAUCUUGGCGUUUCCAAGCAUGGAGUUUGGGGGCCAAGAAUUUUCGGACGACGCUGAAAUUCAAGCUUUUGCGGAGAAGCAAGGAUUCCCGGGUGUUCUUUUGAAGCUUGGGAAUGUUCUUGGAUCCGACGCACCCAAGGUGUGGCAACACUUGAAGACUGAGACUGGUGCUGACGACCCGGACUGGAACUUUCAAGGCAAGUUCCUUGUGGACAAGGAGGGCACAGUCUCUGUUCCAGGCGAUGACUUGGAAAGUGAUAUUGCUGCGUUGAUGUAA